AUGUCGUUAUGGGUCGCAGACCGGAGGGGCCGUAUUAGCAGAAAAGAACUAACCCUGUCUAUGCCUAUACCUAUGCCUCCGCGCAGCUCCCCAGAGCAUCCAAAAGAAUUACCAUCGCACGAGUCUAUAUCUCUACCUUUUUUCAGCUUCCCAGAAGAAUUAACAUCGCACGAGUCUUCUCUGCCUUUUUUCAGCUUCCCAGAGAAUCUAGAAGAAUCAUCAUCAUCGUACGACGUACGUAAGCGCCGCAAUGUCAGAAACCCCCGAUUCCCACGAAAAUCGUCACUUGGUGUCUCCUAUCAGGGCGGUCCUCCUGAAGAAUUCCAUAACUACAAGCUAGAAACAUGUUUCCAUGAGGACUAUGUGGUACACAACACGAUUGGUGGAAAAUCGACCUGGAAGCGUCUCGGGAUUAUUGGGGCUGGGGCAAGUGGGGAGAUCUGGCUUGAGGAGGAACAGAAAUCGGGGGAACUCAGGGCGGUCAAACAACUGCGCCGACGAUUAAAAUCGGAUCAUUUCACUCGAGAGCUGCUGGCUUUCGUUGAUUUAAGAGAGUAUUCCCACUUAGUCGUAAAAUUUCUUGGCUGGUACGAAAAUAGAGAUGAUAUAUUUCUCGCAAUGGAAUACAUUGGGCACGGAAACUUAGCGGAAUAUAUCAGGAGCCAAAGUAAGUCGGUAGAGUUCGAAGUGAAAGAAAUCACGAAACAAAUCUUGGAAGGGCUGGAUGUUCUUCAUACGAAAGAAAUUUGUCAUCGUGAUUUGAAGCCUGAGAAUGUUCUGAUGGCUUCUAUUCAUCCUAUUUGGGUCAAGAUCGCCGACUUUGGGAUAUCGAAGCAGACAAAGAACACCUUCCUACGGACUAGGUGCGGAACUGAUGGAUAUCUUGCACCUGAACUCAUGGGAAUAUUUCAUGGGCAAAAAACAUUCACCCACGCACUUGACAUAUGGUCAUUAGGUUGCAUGGUCUACGAAAUGUGUACUUCACUCAAGCCGUUUCACCACUUGGAAAGCAGCACUGGGACCGAUACAUCCCCACACACUGGCUUAGAGAAAUCCGGAAAGCAGUCCUUUCUUGACAUUACGUCACUUAUCGAAUAUUGUAAAGGAGCUAUGGACUUCCCAAGUCAAGCCCUAGAAGAAUCCAGAGUAAGUAGAGAAGGUAUAACUUUUAUCAAAAGUCUUUUAAUUGCGGCACCAGAGGACCGGGAAACUGCAGACAGCGCUCUUCAAAGCCCAUGGCUGAAGGGGUACGCCGAUUAUUGGCUUCAGUGCCUGGAAGCCGAAUUCUCGAGUCUCGGUGCGAACUUAGACCCAAAGAGGAGGGAAGACCUAUUUCUACGGAAAGCCGGUAAAGUUGACAUCAUGAAACAUCUAUCAAUGUGGGAGUGGGUGUUUCCAGACUUGUUACGGAAAGCCGUAGAGAAGGGACGUAACCUAGCUACCACCAUGCUCCUACAAUAUCCAAGGUGCCGCGAGUUGGUGGGCCCAUCAGCCCGUGGAAAGAUGUUCCAAUCAGCAGCAGAGGCCGGAUAUCUGGAUACAAUGAAUAUACUCGUGCAUUACAGGAUGAACAUUAAUGCUCUUAUUGACGGCGAAACCGUUUUGGGGUGGUUGUUUAAGUUUAGACACCACGAUAUGGUUGAGAUCCUUUUGAGAAACCAACGCGUAGGAACUCGAGAUAUAUUGCAAGCCGCAGCCGAGGGUGGAUAUACCGACUCUGUUCUAUUCCUAUUAGAAAACAAUUUCGAUGUGAAUACACCAGCUGCAGAAAAUGGAGGCCGAACAGCACUCCAAGCAGCUGCUGGAGCAGGGAAAAUGCAUAUUGUGAGGAUACUAGCGGAUAGAGGCGCCGAUAUAAAUGCUGCAGCAGCAGAAGAAUAUGGUCGGACAGCGCUACAAGCGGCUGCGGAAGGUGGACAUGCCGAUAUCGUCACGCUACUAUUGAAAAAUGGGGCCGAUGCGAAUGCGGCACCCGGAUCAUAUAAAGGCCUGACAGCCCUCGAAGCGGCAAACAAUAGUAGGAAUCGUAAGAUUAUCAGAUUAAUUAAAGAAUCUUUGGGUAAUGAUCAUAUCACGAGUGAAUUCGUCGAAUAUUCGGCAUAUUAG